GAGCGUGGGGAAUCGAAGGCGCAAUCAUACAGGCAGAACCGCCGGAGGCGAUAACGCACCUUCGAUCACAACGGAGCAAAUCAACUCUUUUCAUUUGCAGGUAAGCACAAUUGAUCCACUUAUUGCAUAGAACGCAGAACUAAACAUCUGCAGCACCACAGCGAUAACGACGUGGAAGCUCAGCGAGCGGGAGGCAGCUGUAUUGUUGCUGCUUUCUCGUACACAGGCCGCUCUCUUUGGCGCUGUUUUCCCUUCUUUGCUGUGGCCGUAUAGCCGCCUCAUUUUUUGUUCCUUUGCGCAUAGACUCUUUUCGUACUUCUUUCUCCUCUGUUGAUAUAUACAUAUAUGUGUGUGUGUCUGUGUGUGUGUGCGUGUGAGUAUCAACGCACCACUACGCAAGUAUGCUACGUAUUACCUCGCAGCUGCUACGAUGGCAGCCCGCAGAGUCGACUGGGUGGGCGACAGGUGCGGCGGCGGCGGCGGCAUCAGCCGUCUGUGCGCAACGGCAAGGCGAACAUGAGGCGCGGCCGAACGGAGCCGAUUUUUUCCGUCGUGCCGCGAAUUUCAAGAAGCGGCUGCGCUAUAAAUCGCAAUACGCUUUUGCUCGCGAGGAGGCUCAGCGUUUCCUGGACGCGGAGGUGCCCAAGGUGGAGCUGAGCACGUGGAUGGACACUGGCGACAACGCCUUGGCUCUCUCACAGUUUCUCAACCUCUUCGAGAUUCAACCCGAGGCCUCAGUGGCCUCGCUGCUGAUGAACAAGCUGAUUCGACAGGCGGAGGACAGCUCCAAUAAAGCUGUAAACCGCCUCCUUGCUGCUUUGAGUCUCGUUAACAUCCGUCCCGAGGAGAACUACGAGCGUGUGUUUCAAGUGGUGUUGCAGGUGCUGCAGCAGCUGCAGAGUGUGCCGCCUAUCACGCAGGACAUCAACGCACUGCAGGGCGAUGUGAGUGCCAGCAAGGACACGUUACGCCGUUUCAAUGAGCUCUGGGACCCUCUCGCGUCGUGCGCCAAGCUGCUGCAGCGCUGCGGGAGGCGGGUGUCACCGGCGAUGAACGAUGAACUGGCCAAUACGGUCAUGAAGCACCUGCAGAUGACCCCACCAGGCAACCUCUCUUUCUUGCAGACUUCCCUCGUCCGCAUCUACGCGUGGAUGGUGCGGGCGGAGCGGCCGGAGUCGAAUCAGGUGCUAUAUCUGUUGGUGGAGUGCACCGGUGAGUUCCGCAGGGAUAAUUUCACCCCCCUGGCGCUCGCCUGUGUGCGUCACAACCAACUCGUGCCGCUGCCGAUUGAGCUGAUAGAGCGACUGACACGGGCUGCCUUUCACUACGCCAUGACGGUCAAUGCGAUGGAAGCGAACGGCAUACUCAGCUCUCUGGCGAAGCUCUUACUUUCUGUGACGCCAAACGUGAACGGCGCCACCACCGACGACCUCUACCGCGUUCGGGAUUACUACAGCGCGUUGCUGGAGGACUUCAGCGCCCGCGUUGUGCGCUUUCUGGACCCGCGUGAUAUCCUCUACAGCUCCAACGCGGAGGACGUCUCGGCGAUCGUGUUUGCCUACGAGCUGGGCGGGCACAUGCGCUACCGGCGUGUCUUUGUUGCGUACGGUGAGUACGUGCAGCACGAAGUGCAGACCUUCGAGCCGCCGCAGCUGGCCCUCGCGACCGGCAUCUUGCGGCGUGCGCAGCUCCUCACGCCGGAGCUGGCGGCGCGGCUGUCGGAGCGGAUUGAGGUGGUGCUCGGGGAGCUGCGCCUGGUCGAGUUGUCGCACAUCUGCGCUACCUUCGCCAUGCUGCCGGGGCCGAAGCCGACGUGGUGGGCGGAGGCGAAGGCCGUGGCGCUGCGACUGCACGUGCCGGACGCGAGCGGCGUGGUCCGCCUCAACCUCGCGAUUGCCUUCCCGGAUGAGCCGAACCUCGUCGAGACGGUCGACUACGCGUUGCUGACGAGCAAGCAGCUCGUCGACAUGCUGCCCAUCACGCUGGGCUCCACCCAGUUUGAAGAGCCGGUGGUGUCCACGCUGUGCGCCCGCCUCGCCGCCCCAGGCGAGCGCUUUACCCCCGACGACCUGCAGUUCGUCCUGUCCUGCGGUCAUCCGGCGCUGCUGCAGGCUGCCCAGGCGCACCUGCGCCGCGUCUUUGCCGAGCCGCAGUGGAACACCGACAUUCUGUUUUCGCUGCCGCUCGUUUGCGAUGCGCACCACCCCGAGCGCAACCAGCAAACCUUCAGCGUGGCCAAGGCGUUGGCGGCUGCCAAGGCGGCCUCCGUCGGCCCUCUGCAGUUCCUGUCCCUGGCAGAACUGCUGCUGACCACCUUCGGUGACGGGGACGCCGCCAUUCGGCAGUUUGUGCAGGUCGGCGGCGAGGACAUUGUUCGCUCCGACCGCAUGACGCUCUCCGCGGUGGUGCGGUACCUCUCCGUUUUGCGGCGCUACCCGGCGGUGGUGCUCAGCACGGAGUGGCUUCGCAACUUCACCGACUGCGUGGACAGUGGCCCGCCGUUUACGAAGUCCGAACUCGAGGACCUCCUCAUCUCCCUUCGCUCCCUUUACGAGGAUGUCGCCAAGACACCCGCCCUGCAAACGCUGCUGUCGCUGCUCGUGGAGAAGUCGUACACGAAGCUGGCGGAGGCUGACGAGCAAACCGCCCGCAUCACGGUGCUGCUGGUGUAUCUGCAGAGUGGUAUGACGCUGCCGCUGCUCACCUCGCAGUACCCGCUCCUGGCGAAGGUGACGAGCAACGAUGCUAACUUCUCACCGCAGGUGCGGAAGGCGCUGGCGAUGAUGCCGCUGCCGAAGCCCGCCCCGGCGGAGGAGCGGCGCGGGCGUUUUGUGCUGAAGCACAUCGACAAGUCCCACGCGCGGAACGACGGGCCGCACUUCGCACUGGACCUGAACACGUCUGACCCGUUUGAGGUGACGAUGGACGCCAGGGCGACGCCUGCGGCAGAGUCGGCGCAGGCACCUCCGCCAGCGCCGCCGCAACGGCAGUCGGAACCACCAGCACCAGCAGCAGCAGCAGCGGCAGCCACAACAGUUCCCUCGCCCGACCCUUACCGACCUCCGCCACCGCCGGAGUCGGCUGCGCCGGCCACAGAGGCGGCGGCGGCGGCGGCGGAGAAGCCUGUGUCCUACUACGCGAAGUUCUUCAACUCCUCGGUAGGGCAAAUCUUCGCCGGUCGCGGCACGCACGGUGAGGCAAAGGACGAAAAAGCGCGUGCGACGACGGCAGCGGCUGGCGCGGCCCCGCAACCGCGUCGUACGCGCCUUCACCCGUCCGCUGCUGCCACCGCUGUUCCUGCCGAGACGCCCUCUACCACCGCAGCUCCGCUUUCCCCGUCAGCACCGGCAUCAGUGCCGCCGCCAUCGUCUGCAGCAGUAACAGCAGCGGCAGCAGCCCCCUCCGCCGUCCCCGUCACUACCUUCACCACAGCCUGGGGUCCAACGCCCUCCUCCUCCUCGAUGGCCGGCUGGCCGUUCGCAGCGAACGCAUUGCAGUCCCCCUCCUUUGCUUCUUCAUCCACCGCAGCCGCGGUGACAGCGGAGCAGCAGCACAACACCGCCUUCAGCUCCCUCUUUGGAAGUGUCCCGCCCACGCCGGCGAACACCGCCACUGCCACUACGGCAGCCAUGGCAGCGGCGCCGGCAUCGAUCGUGAACCCCUCAGCCAAUUCCACCGCCCGACGCGCAGGGAUGGGCGGCAACAACGUCUUCUUCGACCCGAGUAACCCGUCUGCCCAGCGCGGUCGCCCCGUCAUCUCGCGCAAGGCCGUCAUGACCCGCCAAGGCGCAGCAAACCCAAGCAGCGCCAAUCUCGCCUAUUCCUCCUCGUCGUCGGCUCCGCAAGGUGGCGGUGCGACCGCUGAGCAGGACGAUAUUCGCCGCAUCUACAACGACUCCUACCGCGCCACGGAGGUGAACGCGAACAUGGGCGGUGCGGGGGGUCCGCAGAUUGUGCUGGACGCGAGGGCGGUGCCUGCCGCGGCCGCCGCCUCCAGCGUGCUCAACGGCGAGGACAGCGGCACUAACGGCUACAGCAGCAGCGGCAUCAGCCGGCAGAUCCGUCACGGCAACGUGAGUGGGAUGGCGCAGUUUAUGCAGAAGACAGGCGUGACGAAGAUCAGCGGCUACAACAUGGACGACGAGGCCGCCAACGCGGCGGCGGAGGAGCCCGCGGCCGCCCCGACCGGCGAGAACCGACCAGCGCUGGACUGGAUGGACGCGGCACGGCGCGUGGCACGGGUGACGCGGCACCCCCGCAGCAAAACGAAGUCACGCACACACACCAGCCUGUCCGCGUGGCUGAGCACGCCCUCCGCACGGCUGGAUGCGACGCCGGGGGAUGCAGAAGGAGCGGCGGGUGGCAACGCCAAGUCGGAGAAGACGGCGGCGGCGGCCGAUGACUCGGCGAAGUCGGGUGCACGGCAGACAACCGUAGCCGCCGCGUUGCACCGCCGACGGUCGAAGAAGGACAAGGCUGCUGCUGUCGCGGCGAAGGCGGCGGCGAAGGCGGUGGCAGAGGCAACGGAAGCAGCGGCGACGGCGCACGGCAGGCGUGGCGGCGGUGGUGGUGGCCGCGGUAAGGCUGGUAAGGCCGGCAAAGCUGGCAAGACGACGAAGACGAGCAAACCGACCAGGAGUGCCGCCGCGGCAGCAAAGAAGAAGCCGCAAGCAAAAAAGGCGGCGGCGAGACCGGCGGCCGCCAAGGCGGCGACUGGCGGACGUGCGAGGAAGACCGCUUCCCCGCCCGCCGCGAAGCCUUCGGUGCGGUCAGCGAAGAGGACGGUGAAGGCGGCGGUGAAGAAGGCGGCACCGGCCAAGAGGAAGCCGGCGGCGGGGAGGGGGAAGAAGUGA